CUAAAAAGACAGUUCUUCCCCAGCUCUUGUGUCUCUUGUGUGGAGAGAGAGCAGUGAGGAGGCCGGAGUCCACAGCACACCGGAACCCGACCCCACACACACCUGGAAAACCCGCAGGGUUGGACUUUAAAGUGCUGGACUUUCACAAUAGUGUGCUUAUUUAUUUAAACGACAUUUGCUUUUAACUGUUUGCAGAGGAAGAUGAUGCGGAUGAAGGGCGUCUCUCCGGCGGGGCUGUCCUCCUGCCCCCCGCACAAGAUGCGGCUGCUGUCCGGAGCAGCAGCGGCCAAGAGCGAGCCGUUCCCCGGCAUGUCCAGCCCGCCGAUGCACACGGUACCGGCCGGAUACUUCACCCAGAUCUGCAACACCGCAGCCGCCGAACAAAGAGCCUGCAACAGCCUGUACUCGACCCCCCACGGACCCGAGGCUAAGCCCGUCAGAUCAUCCUCCGGGAGGCUGCCGGCCAAAAGGAAGCUGGAUCUAGAAGACCCUCUGUACCUGCCGGAGUUCCGCACACCUAAAGGCAAAGGCAGCCUUGCAGCGAGGAUACCCAGCCCCCUGACUCCAAAGUCUCCCGGCGAGAGGACGCGGUACGACACCUCGCUGGGCCUGUUGACAAAGAAAUUUGUGGGACUGAUUGCCGAGUCUCCCGACGGAGUUCUGGAUCUGAACUGGGCCACUGAAAUCCUGGAAGUCCAGAAGCGACGCAUCUAUGACAUCACAAACGUCCUGGAGGGAGUGCAGCUCAUUCGGAAGAAGUCCAAGAACAACAUCCAGUGGCUGGUGGGAGAUGUGUUUGAAGGAGGUUCCAGCGGAGGAGAGAAGGCCUGUGCCCUGAGGAGAGAGCUGGGAGAGCUGGAACGAGCAGAGAGGUCUCUGGAUGACCUGAUUCAAUCCAGCACCGCUCAGCUCAAACAGCUCACAGAGUACAAGGACAACCAAAGAUUGGGCUACGUGACGUACCAGGAUAUCCGCUCCAUCGCCAGCCUAAGGGACCAGACGGUGAUUGCGGUUAAGGCCCCUGCAGAGACAAAGCUGGAGGUGCCAGACAACGCAGGGCAGAGCUCGUUACAGAUUUAUCUGAAGAGCAGGAAUGGGCCCAUAGAAGUCUACCUAUGUCCAGAGGAGGGACUUGAAGAUGCCAGCCCCGUUAAGAGCAUGGUCACCCCAAAGAAGGAAUGCCCGGACAACAUAGACCCGCCGUCGGCCACCUUACUGGCCCAACAGAGCUACAGCGUCAAAAAGGAGACAGUUGAAUCCAACAUAUCUGCGUCAGCUCCAGCGCCCAGCUCUGCCUGCAGCUCCAGCUCCACCCUGCUGGACGUGGAAGGUCUGCUGGGUUUGCCCCCCAGCCUGCUGCAGAUCACUGAGGACCAGCUCCCCUGCACCUCCUUCUGCUCUGAUCCCAACACGCCCUUCGUCAGUUUCUCUCCCCCGCUGGACCACGACGACUACCUCUGGAGUCUGGAGGACAACGAGGGGGUGUCAGAUUUCUUUGACUCCUACGACCUUGGAGAUUUGUUGAAAAGCUGAUGAAUAAAAGGAGGGGGGGGGAGAAAAUGUGGGGAGAAAAAUGGGAAAUAUUUAAAUGAAUGCCUUCGUGGGGCAGUAGAUAUUACACUAUUAAGCCAUUAUAUGUUCUUACCAUGCCUGUGCGAGGCUUGCCUUCGUUGUUUAUAUUAUUAUUGUAUAAAUAAUUUGUACAUGUUGUAAAUAUGAUGUGAUCUUUAGGAAGCAAGCUUGCUUAGACCUGGAGGUGUGUUUUCUCCAAGAACCAGGAAAUACUGUUGAAACAGCAGGGUUUGUUUUUUUUUAUGGAUUUUUUGUCACAAUUUGGCACUGUGUUGCAUAGAUUAAAAAAAGAAUAGAAGUAGUGUCCAUAGAACAUCAGUAGAAAAGCUAAUACACACGGAUACAAGGCUUGUUUACUGUGAGCAGCUCAGGGCAUUUUUUAUUUCUCCUCAUUUCCAAAGUUUAAAUUGAUCGUGUCCCUCUACGGCCUGUAGGGGGCAGCGUUGUAUCGUGUUAGCUUUAACCGCCAUGCAGCUUUGCAGCAUUCAAUCACUGGAUGAGAGUAAGCUAAAAGCCAUAAAAGAAAAAAAAAAAAACAAUGUGGAAUUUGCUCUUGUAAAAUCCAUUUUUCUCUGCUGACCGAUUGAAGCUGUCUUAACUGCAGACUUUGUUACAGCUUGAGUGCACAAUAAGACGUGUAGGAAAUGUCUCUGAAAUACUGUGGAGGUAAUUUUGAAGGUACUCAUGUUGCUUCUGUGCAAUCAGAUUUAUUCUUUCCUGCCUUAAGCUUCAUGCCAGACUUUCUUCCUGUACAGUCCAGCGUUCUGUGCCAUAAAUGAGCCGGUUGAGGCCCAAACGCAGAGUUUAUGACGUCUAAUGGCUACCUUGUGAAAAUCUUUGACUUGGCAGCUUUGUUUAAAAUCCAGUCGCUUCCCUGUUGAUAUGUGUUUGGUAGUUUAUUUUCUUGGAUUUUCUUGAGUUGUGUAGUAGUGACAAAACUACUAUUGUAUUUCUUAGGAAAUAAUAGAAUAUAUUGGUAAUUUAAAUGCAGCAUCUGUGUUGCAGCUGUUGGGGGAGUGGGGUUUUAUGGGGUUAAUUGGAGGAGCAGUUUCUUUCUCCUGUGGAUUUUAAAUGAAAGAAAUCUGUUGUUUAGGAGAAGGAUAAACAAGGAUAAACAAUUUCUGUUCAGGUUUUGAGCCUAUGGUCGUGGUGUGACUGCGACCGUAGUCAGAGCAGCUGUUUUUAUCCGUUGGACGUUUUUUGAAAAUAUUCUAGAGAUUUGAAAAUUGAAAGUUUCAUGAAGUUUGUUUUUGUUUUUUGUUUUUGGCUUUCCCUCUACACUGCAGAGAUAAGCUAACUGUCCUGUCCUAACAAAACUUGAAAAUGCGUGGGUGUGCGUGUGACAGUUUGGUAAAUGCGUGUCAUAGUGUGUUUGUGUGUGUGUUUUUAUCAUUUAAGUAGGGAGUGUGAAUUCAGAUUUUGUAGUUUUUUUUUCUUUCAAUGGGCAUUAUUUUUGGUAUUUGUACAGAAAUUGUAUUUAUACCUAUUUUUUCAGAUUAUUUUUGGACUGUUUUGUAUAACUUGCAGCACUUAAUAUUUUGUAAUAUUGUGUGAUCUGUUUGAAGUUAUUAAAUAUUGAAGUCAAUUUUUAAACUUGGAAUACCUAAUCCUUUGUAUCAGUGUCUAAAUAGAUGUAGUCUCACCUCUUUUAGCUCAAACAUACUCCAUUAAAUUAUCUGAAUGUUGCUAUA